UUGAUCCUCAGCUGCGACUUGGCUUCGGUGCAGCGCGUCUCCCAAAUGCCUUUUGAUGCUUUCGCCGAGACGCAGCUCUCUCCAGCGUCCAGAAAGCGGCGCUGCGGCUGGGCCGGAGGGAGCCGCGCCAAGAGGAAGCGACGGGCCGCAGCGGCUGGUAGGCGAGUAUGGCCGGGCAGCGGGGCGGAGAGCCGACGAAUUAUAUCGCGCGCCUUUCCGAGUGGGCGGACGCGCAUCUCACCCUAGUCCGGAAUAUCAGUACAGGAAUGGCAAUAGCUGGAGUGAUUUUACUUGCAAAGAGUAUCAAAUUGACAACCAAAUUCACAAAUGCUUUGGAAAUACCCCCAGAAUUUAUAGAGAAGAAUGUUAAGCUACGGGGACAAUUACAUCGAAUAUCUGAGCAAGGAUUAGAAAUUGAACAUGUACCUAUUACCCUUCCAAUUGUUUCUUCUCUGCAGAAAAGAUGGCAUUCGAGUGGUUUGUUGCUUGUCAGACUUGCUGGUGUGGAGUUAACACCAGAUGGUAUAAUCUGGUUAAAAGAAGAAAUAAAACCUUCACAAAUGAUUUGGUUCCAGCUUUUGGGCAGAAAAAAUUCAGCACUUGACUGCUUUGUAAUAGUAAAUAAGGGGAGAUUUUCCAGUAUUUGUCUAAAUGAAGAGAUCCUGCAACGAGGGCUUGGCAAGACAGUCCGUAUUGAAGGACUAGCUCAUGAAUCCCAGAUAUAUUGGAAGCUUCACAAGAGGCUACUUCAAGCAGAAUUGAAAGCUGUGAAAAAAAAGAAAGGAAUAUGGGAAGAAGAGACAUUCAUUGAAAAACUCAAAGAGCACAUAAGCAAUUAUAAAUAUAUCCAAAAAUUAAAGCAGUUUGCGACAUGGCUGAGAAUCCGGCUGUGAAAACAACAGCCUUUUUUUUUGCUUGGGAGGACCCUAUAUGGACCAGGGAGCAGCAUUACAUUAGUGUCUGUGAGAAUGAUGUAACUAAGUUGUUAAGAAAAUGAGCACAUCAGAUACAUAUUUCUUUAAAAAAUGUGCAUAUACAACAUAUAAUUACUGUUAAAGUUUUAAUUUAUGCUUUUUAAAACUGAAGAACCCACUUUAGGCUGCCUAACUAUCCAAGGGGAAGAAAACACAAAAUUUAAUGUGAGUUGAGGAAAUACGGAAAUACUGUUGAUAAGUCUUACUCGGAUUGCAUAGAACAUCAGGGCAAAAAAAAAAAAAAGUGAAGAAUGUUCUCCCCUGUUAAUUGUAUGCAGAAAGACCUUGGCAAAAUUGUACAUGUUGUUUCUAGAUGCUGAACUUAGCUUCGGUUGGUAAACUGCUUUCUGGGCUCAGUUUAGUGCAUGACAGCAGCAUUAUCAUAAUGCUCUUGCACAAUAAUCUGAUUCAGGUUCUAACUGGCACUGGCUGAAACUCAUGACUGAUUUGUGUAAAUCUGCCCCACAAACAUUGUGGGUUUUGUGCUCUCUGUUCUAGAGGUAGUACCGUAAUGGAUAUCAUGAUACUACCCACAUUCUAUAAAUGUCAAAGUCUAGUAAUUGCAAUUCUUGGUUUGUUGUUCUGUAAUUCUACCAGAUCUCUUUCAGAAAAGGUAGAAAUUAUGCCAAACAACUACAUGUUCUAAGCCCUCUGUGGCUUGUGCCCAUGUGGCUUCAGUCCUUUGCUCUCUGUGUUUCCCUUUACUUUGUGAUGUCUACAUGGAAGAAUUAAAUGGAGCUACCUGUAUAACAUUUUGUUUAUCAGAUAGAAUAGCUAAUGUCAAAGAGACCAGUAGCUAAUGUCAAAGAGACCAAGCUGUUCAAGAGUCAGUAUUUCUGCUUAUGUUGUUUUACAGACAACUUUUUAAGAUAUUAAGGGAGGAAGAAGGAAGUUACAUUAAAAUUAUGGACUUGCACUCAAGGCAAGUUUGUGUUGGAUUUGAAUGUAAAUUUGUUGAUGCGUAACCUGCCUUGCAUACACCUGCCAAGAUUAAUUGACCUGAUCGUAAGAUUUGAGCACACAAAUAGGUUUACUUUAGUGGAACAUUAUGUAUUACUGUGUGUUCUGAGCCAUUUAUUUAUAUGCUUAACUAGAACUUGGCAACGUUUUGAAUAAUCUUGCCAAUGUAGAUAAUAUAUUUAGAUUGAGAAUUAAAUCAUACACAAAUAA